AUGUGGAGGAGAGGAGAGGAGGCUGCCUGCAGUGCCUCGGGGACCCAGGCGGCAGCGGGAGCUUGGGACGGGACCGAGGAGUACGUGCAAAUGUUUGGCUGGGGCCCCGGGGCCAGUGCCGACCUGCUUCCUACCUGUUCUCCUCUGGACUUUCACUGCGACAACGGCAAAUGCAUCCGGCGCUCGUGGGUGUGCGAUGGGGACAACGACUGCGAGGAUGACUCGGACGAGCAGGACUGCCCCCCCCGAGAGUGCGAGGAGGACGAGUUCCCCUGCCAGAACGGCUACUGCAUCCGCAGCCUGUGGCACUGCGACGGAGACAACGAUUGUGGGGACAACAGUGACGAGCAGUGCGACAUGCGCAAAUGCUCUGAGAAGGAAUUCCGCUGUAGUGAUGGCAGCUGCAUUGCAGAACAUUGGUACUGCGACGGCGACACGGACUGUAAAGAUGGCUCCGACGAGGAGAGUUGCCCCUCAGCUGUUCCUGCACCCCCCUGCAGCCUGGAGGAAUUCCAGUGUGCCUAUGGCCGAUGCAUCCUGGACAUCUACCACUGUGAUGGGGAUGACGACUGUGGGGACUGGUCUGACGAGUCCGACUGCUCCUCCCACCAACCUUGCCGAUCGGGGGAGUUCAUGUGCGACAGUGGCCUCUGCAUCAAUGCCGGCUGGCGCUGCGAUGGGGAUGCUGACUGUGAUGACCAGUCCGAUGAACGCAAUUGCACCACCUCCAUGUGCACAGCAGAACAGUUCCGCUGUAAGUCUGGCCGUUGUGUCCGGUUGUCUUGGCGUUGUGAUGGGGAAGAUGACUGUUCAGACAACAGUGAUGAGGAGAACUGUGAAAACACAGGAAGUCCCCAGUGUGCCUCAGAUCAAUUCUUAUGUGGGAAUGGGCGCUGUAUCGGCCAGAGAAAGUUAUGUAAUGGUGUCAAUGACUGUGGAGACAGCAGUGAUGAGAGUCCCCAGCAGAAUUGCCGGCCUCGGACGGGUCAGGAGAACUGCAAUGUCAACAAUGGUGGUUGUGCCCAGAAGUGCCAGAUGGUGCGGGGAGCGGUGCAGUGUACUUGUCACACUGGCUACAGACUCAUGGAGGAUGGGCGUUCGUGCCAGGAUGUGAAUGAGUGUGAGGAGGAGGGCUAUUGUAGCCAGGGAUGCACUAAUAGUGACGGAGCCUUCCAGUGUUGGUGUGAGGCUGGCUAUGAACUUCGACCUGAUCGGCGAAGCUGCAAGGCUUUAGGGCCAGAGCCUGUGCUGCUCUUCGCCAAUCGGAUUGACAUCCGGCAGGUGCUACCGCACCGCUCUGAGUAUACGUUGUUACUCAACAACCUGGAAAACGCCAUUGCCCUUGACUUCCAUCACCGUCGGGAACUUGUCUUCUGGUCAGACGUCACCCUGGAUCGCAUCCUUCGAGCCAAUCUCAAUGGCAGCAAUGUUGAGGAGGUGGUGUCUACAGGCCUGGAGAGCCCAGGGGGGUUGGCUGUCGACUGGCUCCAUGACAAGUUGUAUUGGACAGACUCGGGCACCUCAAGGAUUGAAGUGGCCAACCUGGAUGGUGCCCAUCGGAAGGUGUUGCUGUGGCAGAACCUGGAGAAGCCCCGGGCCAUUGCCUUGCACCCCAUGGAAGGUACCAUUUAUUGGACGGACUGGGGCAAUACUCCUCGAAUUGAGGCUUCCAGCAUGGAUGGUUCAGGUCGGCGCAUCAUUGCUGAUACUCACCUUUUUUGGCCCAAUGGGCUCACAAUUGACUAUGCUGGACACCGAAUGUACUGGGUGGAUGCUAAGCACCAUGUCAUUGAACGAGCUGACCUCGACGGAAGUAACCGCAAAGCUGUCAUUAGCCAGGGCCUCCCGCACCCCUUUGCUAUCACGGUGUUCGAGGACAGCCUCUACUGGACAGAUUGGCACACCAAAAGCAUCAACAGCGCCAACAAAUUUACCGGAAAGAACCAGGAGAUCAUCCGGAAUAAACUGCACUUCCCCAUGGACAUCCAUACCCUGCACCCCCAGCGGCAGCCAGCAGGGAGAAACCGCUGCGGGAACGACAAUGGAGGCUGCACCCACCUGUGCUUGCCCAGCGGCCAGAAUUACACCUGCGCCUGCCCCACCGGCUUCCGCAAGACCAGCAGCCACAGCUGUGCCCAGAGUCUUGACAAGUUCCUGCUUUUUGCCCGAAGGAUGGACAUCCGUCGGAUCAGCUUUGACACGGAGGACCUGUCCGACGAUGUCAUCCCACUGGCUGACGUGCGCAGCGCCGUGGCCCUCGACUGGGACUCCCGCGAUGACUACGUUUACUGGACCGAUGUCAGCACCGACACCAUCAGCCGGGCCAAGUGGGAUGGAACGGGGCAAGAGGUGGUAGUAGACACAAGUUUGGAGAGCCCUGCUGGCCUGGCCAUCGAUUGGGUCACCAACAAACUCUACUGGACAGACGCAGGCACAGACCGAAUCGAAGUGGCCAACACAGAUGGCACCAUGAGGACGGUACUAAUCUGGGAAAAUCUGGAUCGUCCUCGGGAUAUUGUGGUAGAACCCAGGGGCGGGUUCAUGUAUUGGACUGACUGGGGUGCAAGUCCCAAGAUUGAGAGAGCUGGCAUGGAUGCCUCGGGCCGCCAAGUCAUCAUCUCCUCCAAUCUGACCUGGCCCAAUGGACUGGCCAUUGACUAUGGGUCCCAACGACUCUACUGGGCUGAUGCUGGCAUGAAGACCAUAGAGUUUGCUGGUCUGGAUGGGAGCAAGAGAAAGGUGCUGAUAGGAACCCAGCUUCCACACCCUUUUGGGCUAACUCUCUAUGGAGAGCGCAUCUACUGGACUGACUGGCAAACCAAGAGCAUCCAGAGUGCAGACCGGCUGACGGGGCUGGACCGUGAAACACUACAGGAGAACCUGGAGAACCUCAUGGACAUCCAUGUUUUCCACCGGCUACGGCCCCCAGUGCACACUCCCUGUGCUGUAGGCAAUGGGGGCUGCAGUCACCUGUGUCUUCGGUCCCCACAUCCCAAAGGUUACAGCUGCACUUGCCCCACAGGCAUCAACCUUCUGCCUGAUGGCAAGACCUGUUCAUCUGGCAUGAGAAGCUUCUUGAUCUUCGCCAGGAGAAUAGACAUCCGCAUGGUCUCCCUGGACAUCCCAUACUUUGCUGAUGUGGUGGUGCCGGUCAAUAUCACCAUGAAGAACACCAUUGCCAUUGGGGUAGACCCCCAAGAAGGAAAAGUUUACUGGUCAGAUAGCACCCUGCGUAAAAUCAGCCGGGCCAACCUGGAUGGCUCCCAGCAUGAGGACAUAAUCACCACAGGAUUACAGACCACCGACGGGCUGGCCGUGGAUGCCAUCGGCCGGAAAGUGUAUUGGACAGACACAGGAACCAACCGGAUUGAAGUGGGCAACCUCGAUGGGUCCAUGCGGAAGGUGUUGGUGUGGCAGAACCUGGACAGCCCCCGGGCCAUCGUGUUGUACCAUGAGAUGGGGUCUAUGUACUGGACAGACUGGGGAGAGAACGCCAAGCUGGAGCGGGCUGGGAUGGAUGGCUCAGACCGCACUGUGCUCAUUAACAACAAUCUGGGCUGGCCCAAUGGGCUGACAGUGGACAAGGCUGGCUCCCAGCUGCUCUGGGCCGAUGCCCACACUGAGCGCAUUGAGGCUGCUGACCUCAAUGGUGCCAAUCGGCGCACCCUGGUGUCACCAGUUCAACAUCCCUAUGGCCUCACCCUGCUCGACUCCUACAUCUACUGGACUGACUGGCAGACCCGGAGCAUCCACCGCGCUGACAAGGGCACAGGGAGCAAUGUCAUCCUGGUGCGGGCCAACCUUCCCGGCCUCAUGGACAUCCAGGCUGUGGAUCGACAAAGGCCACUGGGUUCGAACAAAUGUGGCCCGAAGAACGGCGGCUGCUCUCACCUCUGUCUGCCCCGGCCAGCGGGCUUCUCCUGCGCCUGCCCCACCGGCAUCCAGCUGAAGGGGGACGGGAAGACCUGCGACCCCUCCCCAGAGACCUACCUGCUCUUCUCCAGCCGAGGCUCCAUCAGACGCAUCUCUCUGGACACCAGCGACCACACGGAUGUCCACGUCCCCGUGCCUGAGCUCAACAACGUCAUUUCCCUGGACUAUGACAGCGUGGACGGGAAGGUUUAUUACACGGACGUCUUCCUGGACGUCAUUAGGCGAGCCGACCUGAAUGGCAGUAACAUGGAGACGGUCAUCGGGCGGGGGCUCAAGACCACGGACGGCCUGGCCGUUGACUGGGUGGCCAGGAACCUGUACUGGACGGACACGGGCCGCAACACCAUUGAGGCCUCAAGGCUGGACGGCUCUUGCCGGAAGGUUCUGAUCAACAAUAGCCUGGAUGAACCCCGGGCCAUCGCUGCCUUCCCCAGAAAGGGGUACCUCUUCUGGACAGACUGGGGCCACCUGGCCAAGAUCGAGCGGUCAAACCUGGAUGGCUCCGAGAGGAAGUUACUCAUCAACACAGAUUUGGGCUGGCCCAAUGGCCUCACCCUGGAUUAUGAUACCCGGAGGAUCUACUGGGUGGACGCUCACUUGGACCGGAUCGAGAGCGCCGACCUCAAUGGGAAGCUACGGCAGGUCUUGGUCAGCCACGUGUCCCAUCCAUUUGCUCUCACCCAGCAGGACAGGUGGAUCUACUGGACAGACUGGCAGACCAAAUCAAUCCAACGUGUAGACAAGUACUCGGGCCGGAACAAGGAGACGGUGCUGGCUAAUGUCGAGGGGCUCAUGGACAUCAUUGUGGUCUCCCCACAGCGGCAGACAGGGACCAACGCCUGCGGCGUGAACAAUGGCGGCUGUACCCAUCUCUGCUUUGCCAGAGCCUUGGACUUUGUCUGUGCCUGCCCUGAUGAACCCGAUGACCGGCCCUGCUCUCUAGUGCCUGGCCUGGUGCCCCCAGCUCCCAAGUCCACUGGUACGAGUGAAAAGAACCCAGGGCCACCCAACAUCCCCUCUACCACGUCCCGCUCCUCCACAGCCAGGACCCACACAUCCCUGGAGGAAUCUGAAGGAAACUGCUCAGAGAAAGAUGGUCGCCAGGGCCGCUGUGCACAUUCCAAUGAGGCUGUGCCUGCUGCCCCGGGGGAAGGGCUCCAUGUCAGCUACGUGAUUGGUGGUCUCCUCAGUAUCCUGCUCAUUCUGGUGCUCAUUGCUGCUCUCAUGCUGUACAGACAUAAAAAAUUCAAAUUUACUGAUCCUGGCCUGGGGAACCUGACCUACAGCAAUCCUUCUUACCGGACUUCCACGCAGGAAGUGAAGAUUGAAACCAUCCCCAAACCGGCCAUGUAUAAUCAGCUCUGCUAUAAGAAAGAGGCUGGGCCCGAGCACAACUACACCAAGGAGAAGAUCAAAAUAGUAGAGGGGAUUUGCCUCCUGUCCAGUGGCGGUGACGAUGCCGAGUGGGAUGACCUCAAGCAGUUACGAAGCUCGAGGGGGGGUCUCCUCCUCCGGGACCAUGUGUGCAUGAAGACAGACACGGUGUCCAUCCAGGCCAGCUCUGGCUCCUUGGAUGAUACGGAAACGGAACAGCUGCUCCAGGAGGAGCAGUCAGAAUGCAGCAGUGUCCACACCGCGGCCACCCCGGAGAGACGGGGCUCGCUGCCGGACACGGGCUGGAAACACGAACGCAAGCUCUCCACGGAGAGCCAGGUCUAAGUGCCCAGAUCCCCCUUCCUCUGGUCCCUCUGGUCCUUCUCCCUCAAACAUAAACCAACUGGCCCUAGUGCUCGCUUAAACAACAGGCCCCCUCCUGCCCCCUUUGGUCCUCCUUGCCUCGUCCCUGUCCCCAGCCUCCCCACUGGAGUUGUUCUCACCAUUGUCCACACCUGCCUCUGCACAAGAGACAAUGCCUCAACAGGAGCUCUCAGAUCCAGACUCAGUCGCAAAGCCUGCCCACUCUCACUUGGUCCUGGGAGCAGAGGGCACCCUGAAGUUGGGUCUGGUAUCCUCACUCCCCUCCCUUAACACGUGGAGCUCAGCAUCAGAGGCCACGGCCUCAUUCAUCCUGAGAGAGGUCAACAGAGCUGUU